GAGGCUGGAGGUUCCCCCAGUGCAGAGAGCGGCGGAGAGAUGAAGGCUGGGGGGCAGCUCCGGAGCCUGCUGUGGGUAUUGGCGGUGCUACGGGAGAUCGGGAGGGGGUACAGCGCCCGGCAUGGGGUCUACUGGAACAGCACCAACCCCAGGUUCCUGAAGGACGAUUACAGCGUAAAGAUGGAAAUUAACGAUUACCUGGACAUUUACUGCCCCCACUAUGACUCCCGCGUCCCAGCGGAACAUACGGAGGCCUUUGUGCUGUACAUGGUGGACAGAGAGGGGUACGAGGGCUGCUACGAGACCCCCGGGGCCUUCAAGCGCUGGGAGUGCAACCGGCCACACGCGCCCUUUGGGCCCAUCAAGUUCUCCGAGAAGAUCCAGAGGUUCACCCCCUUCUCCUUGGGGUUUGAGUUCCGACCGGGGGAGGAUUAUUACUAUAUAUCCAUCCCAGAGCCAGACAGUCCCGGCGAGUGCCUGAAGCUGCGCGUGUCUGUGUGCUGCCGACCCACCACUGUGGGACCAGUCACGGAGGUGCCAAAAUCUCAGCCGCGAGGGGGGCCCCGUGUCGCAGACGAGGGUCGGACGUCUGGCCAAGGAGGUGGAUUCCGGCCGGGGGCGAGUUCAUCCUUGCGGGUCGGGGGGCCCCCGUUCCUGCUCACGUUGUGCCUCUUGGUUCUACUUUGGGACUGAUGGCUCCGGGGGGGCCGCUCGCUGCCUCCGCCCACGCUUGCACAUGUGUUUUUUUAUUCAUGGAUUUCCCCGCCCCCCUGGUCGAUAUACAUUAUAUAAAUAUAUAUUUUUUUAUAAAAGACUUAAAAAUAAGGAAAAAUGAGAAAAACAACCAGAAAGCACUUUAUCCGGGAAUGGAGCGUCGCGAGCCGAGACAGUUUGUGCCUUGAAUGGGUUUCCCGCUGUGACUGUAGCGCCGGGGGGCCCCACCCAUGGGCUCGGGGUUACCUGCCCCCAGAGCAGCAAACUGGGAACCCCCCCAGCUCCAACCUGCAACUCCCUGCUCAUCCCCCCCAAGGUGGGUGGAGCUUGCAGACAGAGGCACGCCCACGAGGAGUCACAGUUCUGGAUCUAUGGCAGACAGUUUGCACUGAGAGUCUCUCUCUUCACCCCUAAACCAAAGAUCCAUUAUGGACCAACUCUGCCCUGGGACAUUUACAACUCUGGAUUUUCUCAAAGUGCAUUUUUCUGCAUCAGGAACAAGCCCCCCCCCCCCCCCCCACCCCGAUCCUCAGAGGCGGGACAUCAUCUCAUUGGUUGGAUUGAGUGUUUGAGGGAAUGGGGUCAUUUGGGCAAUUCCAGGCCUUAGAGGAAGACUUUCUGCCCUGCAUGAAUUGGAAGGCAAGUGUGGCCCCCUCUGGGCUGGGGAGUGACUCGCAGUUGGGGUGACACCCCCUCUUUUUACUUGGCCCUGACUGGGCACUGCCAUUUGGUGCCCCCCAGACUGGUCCGUACCCCUUUUCCUGCCUAAACUGGACCAACCUUCUCAUUCCCAAAUGGCUUCUCUGGAGUGUUCUGUUGCUCAGGACGGGCCGGCGGGGGCCACAUACGCUUGGGGCGCGGGGGGGGGGCUUGUUCCUGCCGGACUGGGUUGUUCUUGCUCAGGAGAACAGGGAUCUCUCUUCUGUGAAGAUGACGGAUUGGCAGUAUUCUCUUGUUUACACACUUUUUGUAAAGAAGUUUUUGUUAGAAACUGAGCCAAAAUAAAAGGUUAAACCCA